AUGUGCCUCGAUGGCUGCUUUCUGCAAGUCCCGUGGCCCUGUGGAGCCUCGAUCGAGGAUGAUUGGGACCAACUUGAUCUGGACUAUGACAUGGAGGCCAGCCCCUUCAACCUGCUGCUGGUGCCUCCGAUAUGCACGGCCACGCUGUAUCGCGCCAAAGAGAUCCCCUUGGACUUCUUGAAGGGCCGAGUACGUCAGAUUGUGGAGGCAAAUCCUUGGCUUGGCGGGCGGCUCCGGAAAUCUUGCGGGCGUCCAUUUCUCGCCGUUCCUCCUAGUCCGGGCAAUCACUUCAUGGAAUGCAGCUCUUCUUUUACAAUGAGUUCCGGAGCAGACUUCCAUGACCUGUCUCAGCAUGUACUGGAGUCAGAGGCCACAUUGAAGUGUGGGCUCUUGGCACUGAACCAGAACGAGCAACUCUUCCGAGUGGCCGUCAUCCCGGCCAACCCAGACCAUUUCCUCUUGGUAGUUUCCCUCAACCACACCAUUGGAGAUGGAUACACUUUUUACAAGCUCUACAGCAUGCUUGAGCCAAAUGCAUCUAUUCUACAGAUGAACCCACUGCGUCAGUCUGGAUUUGCCUGCCUGGCUGAACAGUGCAUUGGUGAAUCGCAGUUUAACUGGCUCACGACCUGUCCAACGAUGCUGGGCCUGCUGCGAAGCUUCUGUCUCUGGCAUCCCCCAAAACCAGAAGUGCGAUAUGUCGAUCAGGACUGGCUUGCAAGUCUCAAGUCCCAAGAUGCGAGCCUCUCCACCAACGACAUCUUGACAUCACACCUGUUGACGAAAUCACGGUUCGGCUACGGGUACAUGUCGAUCAAUCUUCGGAACCGGGGACUGGGGGCCGACGACGCCAAUGCGGGGAACUAUGUUCAUAGAGUCCACCUCGCCCCCGGCGACUUCGCGGAGCCGGACGGCGUGCGAAAGUCCAUCUCCGAGCCCUUCCGUUUCCGCGGGCAAGACGCUGUGCCGGGAUGCUGGGAGUCCAUCACGACGAGUCAUGGCCUAGUGUCCAACUGGGCCAGUUUGUUUUAUGAGGUGUCGCUGCCCGGCUCACAGCAUCUCUCCCACAUGCCAAUCCUCUCAUAUCCGCAGCCGGGGUUUGGGCUGCUGCUAAUAUUCAAACCCAGACGAGACGAGCUAGCUGUUUACUACUACAUCCGCAACAAGGCAGCCUUUGAAGAUGCAUCCUCUUCACCUAUGUUCGGAUCUUCAUUUAAUCCUUUCGCAUGA